GACCGGGCGUAGCCUCGGGUCUAGUUAUUAUUCUCUAGUGCCCAAGCCUCACUCGUUCACGUCAACAUGCCGUCCUUUCUUGCAAAGAGCAUUCCAUAGUCUUGACGAAAAUCAUCACUUUGAGGUGAUCACAAGGUUAAACAGUCCAAUAAAAGGAACCUUUAAAGUGGCCAAUAUGGAUGGUCCAAAGCGACAACACAGCCACAAUAGCAAAGCAGAGGGAGGCCUAGGAACAGUUAUCGAGGAUGGCAAUGUUAAGGCUGAAUUGUCUGCCAACCAAGGAGAGCUUGCCCUGUGUAAAGGAGAAAAGCCCCAAGCAACAGCUAAGGAUGUGACCUACUUAUGUCCAUUCACCGGUCCUGUGCGUGGGUUCCUCUAUAUCACCAACUAUAAGCUGUUCUUCAAAGCAGAUGAUGACAUUCCUUUUACAGUAGAAGUACCCCUUGGAACAAUUUACAGAGUUGAGAAAAUUGGUGGCACCACGAGCAGAGGCGAGAAUGCUUAUGGAUUAGAGAUUUACUGUAAGGAUUUUAGGAAUCUGCGAUUUGCACACAAGCAAGAAAAUCACUCAAGAAGGCUGAUUUAUGAGAGAAUCAUGCACUAUGCUUUUCCUGCUUCUAAUGGAAAGCCAUACUUUGCUUAUUCCUUCAAAGAUGAGUUUGAGUACAAUGGCUGGGAUGUAUAUGAUGCAGAAAAGGAGUUUGAAAGAUUGGGGCUGCCGACAGAUUGCUGGUAUGUGACAAGAAUUAAUGAGAAGUAUGAACUAAGUGACACAUACCCUGCCGUGGUUGGUGUACCAUCAUCAGUUAGUGAUGAAGACAUUAAAAAAGUUGCAGUUUUUAGAAGCAGGAACAGGCUGCCAGUACUGUGUUGGCUACACCCAACCAACAAUGCAUCAAUAACAAGGGCGAGUCAGCCUAACAGAGGUCUAUUGGCUAGGAACAAAGAUGACGAAAAGUAUUUUCAGGCUAUUCUUGAAGCAAAUCCUCAAUGCCACAAGCUUCUGAUCUUUGAUGCAAGACCAAGAAUCAAUGCAGUGGCCAACCAGGCCAAAGGAGGUGGAUACGAGACAGAAGAGAACUACCAGAAUACAGAAGUGAUAUUUCUGGAUAUUGCCAACAUCCAUGUGAUGAGAGAGAGCUUGCGCAAGUUAAAGGACAUCUGUUUCCCUAAUAUUGAUGAUACCCACUGGCUGACCAACUUGGAGAACACAAAAUGGCUGGAUCACAUCAAGAUGAUUAUGGCGGGUGCUGUUCGUAUUGCUGAUGCAGUGGACAGAUGUAGAACAUCAGUAGUUGUUCACUGCAGUGAUGGAUGGGACAGAACUCCUCAGCUUACAGCUCUUGCCAUGCUUUUGAUGGAUCCAUAUUACAGAACUAUCAUCGGCUUUGAGGUGCUGAUUGAGAAGGAGUGGCUCAGUUUUGGACACAAAUUCAAUCAGCGCUACGGCCACGGAGACAAGAACCAUGCCGAUGACCAGCGGUCUCCUGUGUUUUUACAGUUCAUAGACUGCGUAUGGCAAGUUACAAGACAGUUCCCGUGUGCAUUCGAGUUCAACGAGACGUUUCUCAUCACGAUCCUGGACCACCUGUACAGCUGCAUGUUUGGGACGUUUCUGUACAACUCGGAGUCUCAAAGGGAGAAGGAGGAUGUCAAGACUAGAACUACUUCAUUAUGGAGUUACAUCAACACAAGCAUGAUGGAAUUCAAGAAUCCUUUGUACGCCCCUUAUCUCCACCAACACGUCCUGUUCCCUGUUCCGAGUUUGCGAAGGCUGGAGUUGUGGACACGCUACUACAUCCGCUGGAAUCCGCGAAUGCAGGCGCAGGAGUCAGAAGAACAACGCAACAGAGAUUUGUUCUUUCUGUGUGAGCAGCUGCGCCAGAAGUGCGAGGAGCUGCAGCAGGAGAUUGACCAGCGGAUGACGGUUGAAGUUCCGUCCACUCCAGAUGCCGUCUCUCUCCACAGCACGAACUCGAACUCGCAAUGGGCGACGGCGCAGCUGUAGCUUGGUACCACUGGUAACCCAGAUAAUCGCCUAAAUACCCUAACGGAUUGUGAUAAGGGAACAGCUGUAUUCAAGAAAGGUUGCAUACAAAAGUAUUUAACUCUAACUGGCUGCGUUAAACGAACUGCUUCCCUGGAAGUUUUGUACAGAUAAUAUUAAAUGAACCGCUGUGUUCUCAGGACAAGUUGCUUUUAUUGGUUAAGCCUUGUGUUCGUCGUUGAAUUUUGAAAACUUUGAACAAUAACCUGGAGCAAUGUUGGUACGAUUUAUUCAAGUUCUCGUCCCAGGACUUUCGAGUACUUUGUCAUGUGCGUACACUGCUUGGAGCUAGAACAAAGUAGUUCGGGACACGUGAA